GUUGGGGGGAAAAAAAUAAUAACGCAGGAGGAAGUGUGAAUGACAUGCUGGAGGAUUGAAGAUCUCUGGAAUAGGAUUCGAGUUGCUGGAUUCAUUCAAACAUUUUAUAGAAGCGAAAGCGGUCGAUACCUAUAUGUCUCCGGCCUCUGGAAUGUUGCUCGACGAGACGCCCCUGUUUGAUCCUUCUCUGCUCCAAGAGCUGGACUGGAGCAGCAACACCGUCUCCUUCUCGCCCCCCAUUUCUCCCUCUCAGCCUGGACAAGGUCUGGUCCUCCGUCCUCUCUGUACUGCUGACUUAGACAGAGGCUUUUAUAAGGUCUUAUCACAACUCACCGUGGCUGGGGAUGUCACAGAAGAACAGUUCAAAGCUAAUUUUGAACAUAUGAAGAAAUCUGGAGACUAUUAUGUCAUAGUGGUGGAAGACACAAAUCUUGGACAAAUUGUUGCCACUGCAACGCUCAUCAUAGAGCAUAAAUUUAUCCAUGCUUGUGCGAAGAGAGGGCGUAUAGAAGAAGUGGUCGUGAGUGACGUAUGCAGAGGGAAACAGCUGGGAAAACUGUUGGUAUCAGCAUUGACUCUCCUCAGCAAAAAAUUGCAGUGCUACAAAGUGACACUAGAGUGUGCGCCAAAAAAUGUGGAGUUUUAUAAGAAGUUCGGCUACUCCGCUUCAGACGAGACUUACAUGCAGUGCCGGUUCUUUGACUGAAUCCAAAAGAUUCUUCAACGUCACAGAAUGUUUGCUUUAGAACUGUUAAUCUGUUCUAUUUUCUGAGAUCGGACUACCUCGAACUUGCACCUUUUUUAGCCAGCAAAAAAACUUGAUAGUUUGGUGACGAUGUCACAAAAACAAAAUAUUCUAAAAUAGGCAUUUUGUAAUCACUACAACACAGAACAACAUGCAUAUUCUUGAACCUUUCUAAACAUCCAGUCAACAUUGAAAGCACUUGCUUUGAAAGUUAUUCUAUUUUUUUUUUGCUAUAGAAACAAAAACAGUUCUGAUCAUAUACAGAAUGAGUGGUUUACAUUGUCAGCCACAAAAAAUAACACCGUGGCCUGUCUAAGAAAAAAGACGAAUGUUCUGUUGUGUAGAAGAAGGGCUUAUAUACUUGAAUGUUUUCUAAUGUAAAGAUUUCUAUACAAGUUUUUUUUGAAGAGGGAAAACAAACUGUUUUCAACCCAUUUUGUUUCUAAAUAUACUACUUAACAAAGGCAUAUUUUCCUCUUUUACUUCAAAUGUUAAUGCUGUGCUUUAUUCUUUUAAAACACCAAAUCCAAAUCACAUUUUUCACACUAUAAGUGAGUUCUAUAAAAGCCGUUUUGAAAUGGUUUUAACUUAUUUUAAUUUCUCUUGCAGGUACUUGUCUUAAACAGAGAUCAGUAGAAAAAAAGUUUACAUUUAUUUAUUAAGCUCAUGUAUUUCUCAAUUAUGGCUUUAGUCUUAGCCACUGGUAAUAAUCAUUAGUUGUUCAAAAGCUUGAUGAAGGAAAAUAAAAUAUUUUGAAAUACAUCCUGAUGCAACGAAAGCAUAUCUUUGUAUGCUAAAUGCCUUUAUUUUUGUACUUUUACUGCUAGCCGACAAACAAGGGGCAUUUGAAUGCUUUGUCUCAUCUGUCAAUCAACAGCUGGCAAUCAAACAUGUGGCAGUGAUGUUAUUUGUGCUUUUAUAACUGUUAUAUUUUAAAAUGGAUGUAAAACCAUUGAAUGACAAAUUAAAAAUGUUACAUUAAAAAUCAAUGAAAAAUCUAAAG